GCCUGCGUGUGGGUUCGUCCCUCACCUUCCUGGGGCGUGCUGCGGCUGCGCUCGCGAGAGGCCGGGGCCGCGCGCGGAGCUACGGCCAGUGCCUUGCUCGGGCCUGGAACGCUUCGGUCCUGCUGGAAAAUCGGAGGCCUGAGCGGGGCCUUUCCAGGCGCUGGCAGCCGAGGAGCGGCGUGCCCGCGGAGGGGGGCGCUUGGUCCGCCUCGCCGCCCUGCUUCUCCAUGCGGGCGGCGGCGGUGAGGGGGGCUGGGGCGCCGUGCGCCAGGAGCAACGCGUGGUGCUGAGAGGCCGCGGCCGGGAGAGACGAUGGCCAAAUGGCUGAACAAGUACUUCAGCCUGGGCAAUAACAAGACCAAGAGUCCCCCGCAGCCUCCACGGCCCGACUACCGUGAGAAACGCAACGGUGCUGGCAGCACGCCCCGCCCCGACGCGCCGCCGCGCCUCCUCCAUCUUCACCACCACACCUCGCCCAGCUUUCCGCACCGCCGCCUGCGCGACGACACCAGUGACCUGCUCCGCGCCUACCGCGCGCAGAAAGACCGCGACUUCGAGGACCCGUACAGCGGGCCCGGCUCGUCCCUCCGCAAGUUGCGUGCCAUGUGCCACCCGGACUAUGCGCCCGAGGACCUAAGAGAGACGGCCCGCAAGACUUUCUCCUCUUCGUCGUGCUGCGCCGCGCCCUCCGCCGCCUGCACGCCGGGCUCCCCUCUCCUCUUUCGCAGCCACAGCGAGCGCCGCCCGGCGACACCGCCCGACGUGAAGUACAUCUCUUCCAAGCACAGGCUUAUCAAGGUCGAGAGCGGCAGUGGCAGCGAUGGCGCUGACAGGAAGCUCGACAAGGGCUCCAAGCAGCUGGUGACCUCUGCCCCUCCUGCCAUGAAAGAUAAAGUGUUGAUAGCUGAUGACUACUCAGAUCCAUUUGAUGCCAAAAGUGAGUUGAACAAAAUGGGGAAAGGGGAAAACACUGGCUAUAUGGAACCAUAUGAAGCGCAGAGAAUAAUGACUGAGUUUCAGUCCCACCAGAAAAACAUGCAGCUCUAUGACACACCCUAUGAACCAGAAGGCAGUGGUGUGGAUUCUGAUUCUGAAAGUGUGAUGAGUCACCGUUUACAAGAAAGCAAAUUGCCACAGGAUGAUGACAGGCCUGCAGAUGAAUAUGAUCAGCCAUGGGAGUGGAACAAAGUCACCAUCCCAGCUCUCGCAGCCCAAUUUAAUGGCAGUGAGAAACGGCAAGGAUCUUCCUCAAAUGACCAGCGCAGGCAGUUGAGAGCACCUGGAGGAGGCUUUAAACCCAUCAAACAUGGCAGUCCAGAGUUUUGUGGGAUCCUGGGAGAGAGAAUAGAUCCAACUAUUCAACUGGAAAAGCAGAUAUGGUAUCAUGGAGCAAUCAGUCGGACAGAUGCAGAAAACCUGUUACGUUUGUGUAAAGAGUGUAGCUACCUUGUAAGAAACAGUCAAACAAGCAAGCAUGACUAUUCUCUUUCACUGAAGAGCAGUCAAGGUUUUAUGCACAUGAAACUGAUGAAAACCAAAGAGAAAUACAUCCUGGGUCAGAACAGCCCUCCCUUUGACAGUGUUCCUGAAGUCAUCCACUACUACACUACAAAAAAGCUGCCUAUCAAAGGAGCAGAACACUUGUCACUGCUCUACCCUGUGGCUGUGCGGACCCUCUAAUAACCUAGUCUCACCCCUUCCUGUGGAUGGGAGGUGAGAGGUAAGCUGCACUGCACAGAAUUUGUUGCUGGAAUGUUCAGUGCUUGAGUGAGACAGAGACUGGCAGGCUUUAGUCUUGGGAACAUGGGCACUCUGCAGAGUUGUGUAUGGGACUGUGUGUAUGGUACUCUAAUGCUGCAGCAUGCCUCUAGAGCUAUGCUUCUACAUAAGAGAAAGAAAUCUUAUUUUAGUGCAAGAAUAACAGAUAAACUUCACGGAGCUUCUCUGUCGUUGAAAGUACUUCCCAAUGAAAGUUCUUCAUCCAUGUUGUGAGAAGAAUCAAUAAGUUCUUCUCAGCUGUAAAACACCAGCAACUUUGAUUCUCUUGUUACCCUGGGAAACUUCUCAAUGUGAGAGAGUAACCUGACUCUGAAGGACUCUAGGGUGUUCUUGGUGGAACUUAGAAGGUGCUGCUUAGCACAUGAGUCCUUGUGGUGCUGGUCACUUAGUUUGGUGGGUUUGGGGAUAUUUUAAUACAGUUUCUUAAGGUAGUCAAAUAUUGAACUCCUAUCAGGCACAGAAUCUUAAAAUGAUUUUGUGAGAGCAAAUCAUGGUCAAUUAUUUAUGAACAGGGGAUGUAAUUUAAAAGUAGUUUGUUAUAAGUUUUUAUCCUUUUUGGUACAAUAAUCUCUUAAGGGUUACUGUCUUCAUUUUCAAGUUUCAUUCAUAGAUGCAGGCAGCUAAUUCUGUUUGGGGUAGUUAUACCGUAAUGUUUUAAUUAGUUGAGAAUGAGUCAUUUUAAUAUGUGGGUUAGUAUUUACAUAUGCAAGUGGUCUAAGGCUUUUAUAAAGCUUUAGUAGGCAAAAUCUUCACUUGCUCAUUCAUCUGGAUCAAAUGGUUGUCCUACUGAGCAAACUAACAAGUGUAUGUCAUGCUGGCUUUCCACAAGGUGGCCCUUGCAGCUGUGUAAAUGAGAACUGCAGUAUGUAACAGAACAGAAUUUGUUUUUCCGGGGUACCAAGGCAUUCUUAAAACAUGAUCACUUGAGAUCUACCUUUUGCACAGUGUUCAUUUUCACCAUGAGCAGAAGUCUCCUGCUGUGUUUCAACCAUUCUCAGUCAGAAGCUCUGCAGAAGCUUCUCUGUAUGUUAGUCCUGCCGACUCGGUGCCCAUCUGCUUGAGAGGUAUUUUCUACCAUGUUCUGUGUGCUUAUUGAAUGGGAUAAGUGAAAAAAAUAUUGUGCAGAAAUUGGAACUGGGGAUCAGUAGCCUGAUAGUCCGCACUUUCUACCAACUCCCAUCUAUGUCUAGAAUAUUGUGCAUUAAGCCAUCAGCUAUUGUAGUAGCAAACUGGUUCUAUGCAGUUUUUUUAUUUUACAGACUUCAACAGGAUUCUGAAAUUGUGUAUUGUUUAAUUCAGCUUUCUUACCUGCUAAUGCCUUUUAUGAUUGCAAAGCUGAAAAAUUUUAACAGAAUAACCACUUACUGCCUGUAAAAGUAGUGAUUCAUCGUAUUGUGUAAUCUGAUAAGAACCUCAAGGAUGUCCCAUAUAAUGUCAUUGUGAUUAAUGUUCUGAUUCCGUUUAAGCCUGCUUUGUUCAUUAUAUGACAUCAAACACAGUUUGAACAGGAGUGGAUCACAUAUAUGUGAAGAGCCCCGUGUCGCUCUGUGCAGCAACUGUAGGGGGUUAAACUGUCCUUAUCUAAUCUAGAAUUUGAAGCUACAUUAGAAUAGGUUCUUACUGGGUGGCACAAUGGAGUACAAAGACAACAUUCCUCUCCAAGUGAAACAAAUCAUCCCCUUUUUAAUGUACUCACCUACAUGUACUUUUUAUUCUCUUAAGUCUUUGCAGAACUUUUCAUUGUCCUUUUGACAUCAUCCAAUUGGCAAGAGCAUACAGACACUUUUGAGUUCUUUUCUCACCAGAGUAGGAGUUCCUGAAGGUGGCAGAGCUUGCAGAGAUUGGGAAUCAGAUUGCAUCUGCUUCUGUCUGGGUCGUUGCUUAUGUGGGCUCUGACAACUCCAUCAUGCCCCUUGGGACGGAAAUAGGUCAUGUGGCUUCUUUUGUGUGUUGAAGUGCAUUUUUGGCAAUCUGGCAGUGUUGCUGUUCCAUGGCCUGUUUUUCUUCUCCUGCAAUGGAAAAGUGAGCCCCUACUGUCUCCAACAGCAAUUACCAGUAGAAACCAACAGCAUCAUUUACCAAGGCCUUUCCAGGUUUCUUAAGCAUAUUGUCUUUAGCUCAUGGGGAUGACUUUUGUACUGAAUCUUUCUUGUCAUGUGCCUGAUUAAAAGUCAGCUGAAGCCCAGAGAUGCCGCUUUAUUGCUGUCUUCAGAUUUUGGGUUGGAAUCCCAUGCUUCAUAAAAAUGAGGUUGAUGUGCAUCAUACAAAUGUGUAUGGAGUUUAUUACAGCUUCAAGGAUCAUAUCAGGGUUCUUGUUUCAGCAAGAAGAGAUCAUCUCAGAACAUGCGAGUUGUCUGUGGGUUGUUUUUUUGAUUCAUUUUUAAAAAAGACUUUUAGAAAGUAAUUGCAGAAUAAAUAAAACCAGGAUUUUGUUUGCACUGUAAUGUUGUCUUUAUUUAAGUGAUUGUAUUAUAUUUUCCAGUGAAGGAAUAUUUUUCCCAGACUUCUUAAUGUACAGUGAAAAUGUGGUAUGUUGCAUUGUGUAGUGCUGUGUAUAUGGUGGAAGAUCUCAUAAUGAUCAUGCCUAUAUAGCACAUUAAAAGUAUAUUUUAAAAAAAA